AGAGGUUUUCAACACGUUUGAGUUCGGCAAAGGUGAAGACAAAGAGAGGUAUGACGCCAUACUGGAAAAAUUCAGUGCAUAUUGCUCCCCACAGAAAACAUAGUGUAUAAAAGUUUUUAACUGGACGGUGGGGGUGUUGAGGAAGAUCAUUGCAGAGGCGACGGGAAUGAAAAUUGAAUCCAAGAUGCCGCCGCUUAUCGAGUUUUUUGGACCGGACGUAGUAAAGGUCCUGGAUAAGACGCCCUCUCCGAGGUUACUGGGGACUCACCUGCUCCCCGACAACAUCCCCAAAUCCUUCCAUGCAAAGAAAACUAAAGUAACUUUCAACACCUCUGCACAGUGAAAGAAAAACAAAGUCCACCCAUCUGUGCAGUGGGAUGCCUUCUACUCCAACUUCCUGAGUGGAGACGAAGAGGAUGGACGACCCCAACGUCAUGAUCGUCACCUAUGAAGAGCUCAAACAGGACCUGAGCGAUGGCGUGCGUCAGAUCUCCACCUUCUUCGGCUUCAGCCUGACGGAGGCUCAGGUGCAGCAGAUUGCAGAGGGGAGCACCUUCUCCGCCAUGAAGGAGAACAACACCAACAUGGUCACGGGAAACAUUGUCUUCAGAAAAGGCGAGGUCGGGGACUGGAAGAACCACUUCACACCAGAACAGAGCUGAGAGAUGGACGACACCUUCAACAAACACCUGGCAGGAACCAGGCUGGGACACAAACUCAACUACCAGCUGUACUGUCAGUAGUAGUUCCCCUCUGUAAGAUCCUUUGACUCUGUCAUAGACCCAGCAGUCAAGGAACACAGGAACACAGGUUUAAAGAUAAAAAAGUUGGGUUUAUUUUCCCAAAAACAAAGAUUCAGCAAAGAACAUAAAAAAGGUCAGCAAACCAAUAAACAUACCUGCAAACUAGUUUUUGGCGAAAAUUGCCGUUUUGAAUGGGAAAAUGUCAUCCA